AUGGGCCUCGCCUACAACGUCUACCUGAACAGCAAACGCAUCUACGGCUGCAAGAACUGCAAGACCCAUCUGGCCGACCAUGAUGAGAUCAUCAGCCGUAACUUCCGUGGCCAACACGGCAAAGCCUACCUAUUCAACAGCGUCGUCAAUACCUCAGCGGGCGAAGCCAGCGAGCGUAACAUGACCACUGGCCGCCACGUGGUACGAGACAUCGUGUGUAAACAGUGCAAGGAGAUCGUGGGAUGGAAGUACGAUCGUGCGUAUGAGAGUACAGAGAAGUACAAGGAGGGCAAGUUCAUAUUGGAGCAGGAGUUGCUUUGCCAAGUCAGUUGA